AUACUUAUUUAUUAGUAUUUCAUAAUCUCUGGUCAAUGGAUCUCCUUGGCCAUGGGAAGGAAAUUUCACUCACUAUAGUCAGAUUCCUAUUCCCCCCUUAUCAUUCUCAUUUUCUAAGCUUCUUCGUCUCUCUACUCAACCUACUCCAAAUGUAAAAAUUGACUAGAUCUACACUCUCCUCUUCCUUCUUGUCUUACAUCCAUAUCUUUUCAAUUCUCAUGGCUAAGCCCCAAUCAUUUUCUUCUUCCUUUUCUUAUGGAUUCAUCUUUGAUGUGUUCCUCAGUUUUAGGGGCACCGACACUCGCUAUGGUUUUAUUGGCAAUAUCUACAAAGCACUACGUGAAGCUGGAAUCCACACCUUCAUUGAUGAUAAAGAGCUUCAUGGAGGUGACGAAAUCACACCAGCACUUGUCAAGGCCAUUGAAGAGUCCAGAAUUUUCAUUCCAGUUUUUUCUGUCAAUUAUGCUUCUUCUUCGUUUUGUUUGGAUGAACUUGUUCACAUUAUUCAUUGUUUUAAGACAAAGGGUUGUUUGGUUUUGCCUAUUUUCUAUGAUGUGGAACCUACUCAUGUGCGACAUCAGACUGGGAGUUAUGGUGAAGCAAUAGCUAAACAUGAAGUGAGGUUUCAAAAUAACAAAGAAAAGUAUAAUGAAAACAUGAAAAGGAUGCAUAAAUGGAAGAUGGCUCUUAACCAAGCAGCUCACUUGUCCGGACACCAUUUCAAUCCUAGGAGUGGAUAUGAAUACGAGUUUAUUCCGAAAAUAGUCAAAUAUGUAUCCAACAAGAUUAAUCGUCCUCUUUUACAUGUUGUUGAUUAUCCCGUUGGCCUUCAACGUCGAGUUCUAAAAGUAAAUUCACUUCUAGAAGUUGGAUGUAAUGAUGAAGUCAAAAUGCUAGGGAUCUAUGGACCUGGUGGAAUGGGUAAGACAACUCUUGCAAGAGCGGUUUAUAAUGGCAUUGCUGAUCAAUUUGAAUGUGUGUGCUUUCUUCACAAUGUGAGAGAAAAUUCAGCAAUUCAUGGUUUAGAGGAUCUCCAAAAGGAUUUUCUUUCCAAAACUGUUGGAUUGGACAUUAAGUUAGGAGAUAGUAGUGAGGGAAUUCCAAUCAUAAAGCAAAGGAUACACCGGAAAAAGGUUCUAUUGAUUCUAGAUGACGUUGACGAAUUGAUGCAGCUGCAGGUUUUGGCUGGAGGGCUUGACUGGUUUAGUGCUGGUAGUAGAGUGAUCGUUACCACUCGAGACAAACAUUUGCUAGCAAGUCAUGACAUUGAAGUAACAUAUGAAAUAGAUGAGUUUGAUAAGGGAGAAGCUCUUGAAUUCCUUAGGUGGAAGGCUUUUAAAAGUAAACAAGUUGACUCAAGUUACGAAAACAUUUUAAACCGUGCUGUAAAUUAUGCUUCUGGUUUUCCAUUGGCGUUAGAAGUAUUAGGUUCCAACUUGUUUCGAAAGCCUAUAGAAAAAUGGAAUUCUUUGUUGGAUCAGUAUGAAAAGAUUCCUAAUAAAAAGAUUCAAAAGAUACUUAAAGUGAGUUUUGAUGCUUUAGAUGAAAAUGAGCAGAGUGUUUUUCUCGACAUUGCUUGUUGCUUUAAAGGGUAUCAUUUGAAAGAGGUGGAAGAUAUUCUUUGUGCUCACUACGGUCGAGAUAUGACAUAUCAUAUUGGAGUGUUGGUUGAAAAAUCUCUUGUAAAGAUUAUUGAAGAUACAUUUCAUAUGGAACCGGACUGUGUGGUAUUACAUGACUUGAUAGAAGACAUGGGUAAAGAAAUUGUAAGACAAGAAUCACCAAAAGAGCCCGGGAAACGUAGCAGGUUGUGGUUCCAUGAAGAUAUAUUUCAAGUUUUUGAAGCAAAUUCAGAAACAAAUCAAGUUGAAAUUAUACAUUUGAGUUUUUCACCACCCGAUGAAAUAGUAGAAUGGAAAGGAGAUGAACUUAAGAAGAUGAAAAACCUCAAAACACUUGUUGUUGUACCAGUAGAUAAGUUCUUUUUCAAACCUCACCAUCUUCCUAAUAGUUUAAGAGUACUGAAAUGGCGUUGGUAUCCUUCACAAUCUAUACCGUCUGAUUUUUGUCCGAAGAAUCUUUCCAUAUUCGAGUUACCCAAAAAUGACCUUACAUCAUUUCAGUUGGCUAACUCAUUGAAGACAAGGAUAUUCAUUGAUUUGAAAGUUUUACAUUUAGAUGAGAGUGAAUAUUUAACACAAAUAAAUGACAUAUCUAGUCUCCAAAGUUUGGAAGAAUUUUCAUUUCAAAGGUGUCACAAUUUAAGUACAAUUCAUGAUUCCAUUGGGUUCCUGAAUAAACUUAAAAUCUUGAACGCUAAAGGUUGUAGCAAGCUUAGAAGUUUUCCACCAAUUUUGUUGCCCUCUCUUCAAAAACUUGAACUUUCAUACUGUCAAUGGCUUAAGAAGUUCCCAGAAAUAUUAGGAAAGAUUGAAAACAUAGAAACAAUUCAUUUUACAGAAACUCUCAUUGAAGAAUUGCCCGAUUCAUUUCAAAAUUUCACUGGGCUUCAUACGUUAGCAGUAUUUGGAUAUGGAAUGUUGAGGCUACCAAGUAGCAUUCUCAUGAUGCCAAAACUGUUAAACAUUUAUGUCAAAGGUUAUCAUGUAUUGCUUAACCAGAUUGAUAAAUCAAGUUCCAUGGUGUCCUCAAAUGUAAAAUCUCUUGUGCUUAACGGUUGCUACAAAUUACAAGAUGAAUCUCUUCCAAUAAUUCUCAAGUGGUUUGCCAAUGUGACCGAGUUAAACUUAUCGAAUAGUAAUUUCACAAUUCUUCCGGAAUGCAUCAAAGAACAUCAAUCUUUAUGGAGCUUCAAUUUGGAAGAUUGCAAGUAUCUUCAAGAAAUUCGAGGGACUCCCCCAAAUUUAAAAUGGCUGUCUGCAUUAAAUUGUAAAUCUUUGAGUUCCUCAUGUAGACGCAUGCUACUGAAUCAGGAACUGCAUAAAGGUGGAGGCACCAUGUUUUGUUUGCCAGGAAUUGCAGUGAUUCCAGAGUGGUUUGAGUAUAAAAAUAGGGGAUCGUCAAUUUCUUUCUGGUUUCGUGACAAACUCCCUUCCAUUGCUCUCUUUUGUACUACUGAAUGGAUCUGUGGCAUAAACUGUGCUUGUUAUUUAUCCCCUCCCACGCUAAUCAUCAAUGGCGAUGCAUGCGCUCUUGACGAUCCAUGUAGUCAUGUUAAUAUCUACGUAGAACGAAAUCAUACAUAUCUAUUUCAUUUGCAACUAGAAGACAGGGUAGGAUUGGAUGAAGCAGUUUUAAAAAAUCAAUGGAACCAUGCGAAGGUUACAUAUACGAAUUGGACAAUGAAGUCACUCUUUAAGAAAAGUCGAAUCCACAUAUUAAAACAAGAAAGUAGCAUGAGGGAUUUUCAAUUCGAAGAUGAUGACGACGAUGAUGAUGUAGUUAAUGUUUUUUGUGAUGAUACUGAUGAUGAUGAUGAUGAUGAUGAUGAUGAUGUUUUUUAUGAUGUUGAUGAUGAUAAUGUUGCAGAUGAUGAUGAUGUUUUUUAUGAUGUUGAUGAUGUUCUUGAUGAUGUUGACCGCUAUUUACAAUAGUUCAUGCCAAUCACAAAACCACCCAUUGGUGCUAAAGCAUAGAUUCAGAAACAAGGAAUGAAACUAUUGUCAUGCAUGAGAAAGUGGUCAUGUAAGGUUUUCGUCCAUCCCCAACAAUGCAUUCAAUGCAUGAUAUUGUGAAUGAUGAUUCAAUGAUCAACUAUGUCAACACAAAUAAGGAGCAGAACUGGAUCAUAUUAUGUAUAAUCAUCUCCUUUGGCGGCUAUCAAGUAUCAAUAUGUUGUUUAAAUGAUUGCCAACUCUUAUGUGCAUUUUGAUUUGUUGCAUGAUGUGAUAUUUCUGAGUUAUUGUUUUAAUUACAUGCAUUGCUAUCCCUUGAUGAUUGAGUGGAAAAA